UUUUGGAAGUCUCUAUGUUGCCGCUCGUCAAUGGUCGGCUGCAAGCCUUGCACCUGCAAUGUUCACUUGUAUGCUUGUUGGCAUCUAUACAUUCUCUGCCAUAUUGUGUACUAUCACCUACCGAUUGUCACCAUUCCAUCCUCUUUAUGCCUUCCCCGGACCCCGGACAUGGUGGAUCAGCAAUCUUGUUUUUUCUUAUAUCUCUUUUGGAGGAAAACGUCAUGUCGCCAUUGAUAGCCUACACAAGAUAUAUGGCCCUUUUGUGAGGAUAGGACCCAACAUGUUGUCCAUCAACACGUUGUCCGCAACCUGCAUAUAUGGAGCUCAGCUCAAUAUGGAAAAGAGCGAUAUGUACAGAGCUCCAGGACACGGUGAUACCGUGUCGCUUUUUUAUAAACAGAAAACAGCGAAGAUUCAUGCUGAUAGACGGAGGAUAUGGUCUGCAGGGUUCACUAGUGCAGCGUUGUCUCACUUUUUCCCGCCCCUAGAACGCAGACUGUGGGAAUUAAUGAACUGCAUCGAAAAACGGCAACUCAAUAACAAAACCGGCACAGUUGAUAUCUCUGAAUGUAUCUGCCAUUGGUCUUAUGAUUUCAUGGGUGAAAUGGUGUUUGGAGGCUGUAAUAAUAUAGAGAUGAUGACGAAUGGGGAUCCAGAAAAGCUCGUGUACGGAGGAAAGAUGGCCAUGGUAAUGCAGGAUAGCAUUGGACACACAAGUUGGCUUAUGGACCUCGUUUUGCACCUUCCGAAGAGCAAAUAUUUGUUCCGCUUGAUUGAUAUUGGAGCAGAUAUGAUACGAACCAGAAUACAGGCCGAUAAAGAUGUCACCAUGAGGGAUCUUAGCUCAUACCUGUUAGAGGGCGAUGCACAAUCAGGAGAAAAACUGUCCCAAGCUGAUCUAGAGCUUGACUCUGCGGUAGCAGUCCAGGGAGGCUCAGACAAUACUGCCGUUAUCAUAUCGCUUGCAUUUUAUUUUAUGCUGGUACAGCCAAAAUACUAUGAAAUGCUUCGGGCGGAGCUGGAUGGCGCGUUCUCGGAUUGUACCGGCCAUCUUGAUAAUACUAAGCUGGCUAAUCUGACAUUCCUCAACGCUAUACUCAACGAAACCCUCCGAUUAUGUACCUUUUUCUUUCUCCCUCGUAUUGUGCCCCCGGGUGGGUUGGUCCUUGAGGGAAAUUAUAUACCAGGAGGCACAGUGGUUGCAAUCGCAACUCAUUCUUUGCAUACAAGUCCGGCCUAUUUUUCACCUGCGCCUCAAGAAUUUCUCCCAGAAAGAUGGAUCUCAGGCGCACUUGGUUUGGAAUGCAGUACCGAUAAAAAUGCUUUGAUGCCUUUCUCAUCAGGUCCCCACGGAUGCAUUGGUAAAGUUUUUGCGCAUCAAGAAAUGCGACUGGUCAUAGCUCGCCUCGUACUUGUUUAUGACAUGAAGCUAGCCGAAGGUUUUGAUGCGAAAUCGUAUCUCCAGGAAAUGGUGCACGUUUUUUCUACCACUCUUCAGAAACCUCUAUUAGUGAACGUCACGAGGCGUUCAGGUAUUGAUCUCGAGAAAACUUCGCCAAUGUAGAGAGCAAACUACUUGGGUCUUCAUCGUCUUAUUAUAACUUCUUGUUACUAUGCCACUGUUAUACUUUGCC